UUUCGGAUUUUUUAUCGAGGUUUAUCACCCCUUGGGGCUAGGCUUGCACUAGCACAAGGGUGGAAACUGGGCUGUGAAUAAUGAGGGGAUUUCUCGUGCAUCCCGACGUCAAUGUCGCGAGUUUUAUUCUCGUCGCAUUUCUUCUCGUCUUGACGUCCACUGAAACCCGUCAAGAUGAGAUCGGGGGAAAUUGGAGUAAUCAGUACCCGACGAAUUCGGUGUAUCAGGCGGCGAUGGGCGCUAAUGCUCAGGGGCCCGCUUCGGGGGGAACGAGGCUGGAGCAGGGGGCUAAUGCUGAGAGUUAUGAGGAGGGUUUGAGGGAUACGGCGAGUGAGGAAGUGGAUUACGAGGAUUAUGAGGCCGAGAGCGCGCAGAGGGAGUCCAAGGAGAUUCGCGAGCCUCGGAAUCAGGGGAAUUCUUCGGUGGAAAUGAAUUCCAAGACAAAAGCGAAGAACUCGAGGGACAGCGCUGAUUACUCUUACUAUUACUAUUACGACGAUGACUACGAUAACGCCACGAAUUCCCAUCUCCCAGAAUACCCAGAUUACACAUCCGUCAAUGAAUCAAGCAGUGUAAACCCACCUCCGGACCGUAAUUCAUCCCACACAAUAAAUCCUCGAGUCGAAAGUGAAGAAACCGAGAGUGAAAUGCCCAACAGUGAUGAGAGAAUUCUCAUCGGCGAGGCGAUCGUUUCAGUGGUAACGACGAAGAGCGUCGUCAACGGUACGAUAUCAAUCCCCACGCCCGCCCCGAUGACGACGGAGCAGAUGGACGCACCACUGCUGGAAUCCACGAGUUCUCGACCCCCGGAGGCCCCAACAACCGAGGACUCGAUAAUAGUCGCAUCGGUUCAGACGAGCCGGAGCAUCUCAGGGGCUCGCUUUCUCCCGUUCGACCUCAACGGGGAGCCCCAGAAGCCCCUGAACACGACGAACGAAGGCACCCGGAAGUCCAUCGAGUCAACGGAAUCGAUAAUCGACAAGCUCGAUCGCGUGCAGUCUGAGUUAUCGAGUGGUUUCCUCACCGGGGGCUUCAGGAACGCGGGGAACGCUCUCCAGCUGGACGUCCUGAGUGAGCAGAGGCCCACGGCGCCGCGGAAGACCUUCACGACCACUGGGAAACCCCCGGUGAUCAGUAAAUUCGUGCCGAAGAGGUACAAUGAGCGGAAGUCACCGACAACAUCGACUGAGAGCAUCGAAGUCUCCGAGGGUGACGAGGCGGAGGUGACGCAGGCGUCGGUUCCAGCCGCCAGACCGAAAGGUGCAUUCAAGUGGCCAUCGUCCAGCAGGAGUAAAAGUUCACCAGCAGAGCCUAGUCGACCGCCCCCAAAAGGCGUCACUCCCCGGCUCAGACCGGAGAUGCCGGACAUAAGUGCCUUCCUACCCCCAGGAUUCAAACUGAAGAAAGAAGACGCAACGACUGAGAAAUCCAUAAUCAGCGACAUCCUGGCUCGCUCGAAGGUCAACAUCUCCUCGCUGUUGCCAGCUAAUUACGCGCCAACAGAAGUCAGUCGCGAGGAGACAACGAGCGCCCCGAAGGAGUCCAUUCAGGAUCUCUUCAGCAAGUCCAGCGUGGACAUCAGCGCCUUCCUCCCCCCGGGGUACAACAAACCAACGAAGGGGGAGGAGAGGAAGUCCACGAGCACGACUACCGCCUCGCCGAUUCAGAAGACUCUGCAGGAGCUCUUCUCGAAAUCCAGUUCGGACAUCUCAUCGCUAUUGCCUGCGGGGUACGAAGAUCGAGGGGGAGAUAAUGCCACGAGGACAGUGGUAACUACGACUGAGGGGAGCACCACUGCUGGGGCCCCCAGCAAGGCCCCCGGAGGGGUGAAACUCGUGUUUCCGAGCAGACCUGGGGGGCGAAAGGCUGUGCAGAAGGCGGUCACCCCGACGAGUCGGGGUAAUGAUGCUCCUACGGCGAUUACACCGAAAAUUCAGAAGGGAUGGCCCACGAGGGCUACCACUGAAUUCACUGGAUGGCCAACACCUUCAACGACUCCGAUCUCCAUCGAGAAGCUCUUGGAGGCGGCCCGAACCGCGACUGUGAGCUCCGUGAACAGUUCAAUGAUUCCGAUCACCAGCGAAGCGUCGACGACGCCCUCAACAACGACCACUACCACGACGGUGCGACCCACAACCCCUGGGUACUGCACGGAGGAGUGCGAAGUCGCGGGGACCAUAAGGAUUAUUGGAAAUACCACUUGGGUGCCGGAAUUGUUUGAUAGAAAUACUCGAGAGUGGCAGGAGUUGGCGAAUGUCGUUGAGAAAGAGAUCAACCUCGUCUACAUCAAGUCAGCAAUCCUCCGAAAAUGGUACAAGAACGUGCGGAUCGAUGCCUUCAGCCCCGGUAGCAUUUUAGUCGACUACUUCGUCGAGCUCCAGGAUCUCACCCAACGAAUCAACACUCAGGAGCUGCGCGUUCUGUUCCACGACUCUCUGAGGACCUACAACGCGCACAAGUGGAACGAAACGAGGACCACGCGGGCGCCACUGAGGCUCGGGGACUUCCUCAUCGACCCCAAAUCCACGGAUUUCGUUGUUAUUCCUAAAGUUAAUUUGCCACAGCAUGUCGAGAAGGACGACAGGCUGAUACCCCAGUGGGCCAUUGCCAUCAUCGUCAUUGGGGUCGGGGGGCUCGUGUUCAUCAUCAUCUUCGGGGUUUCUGUGCUCGUGAACCGCCAGAAUGCGACGAAGCUGAGGCCUUCGGUGUCAGGAAUGUACACUGAAGAGGCUGCCAAGAACAUCAUUCACGCGAGUCAAGCAGCAACUUCCCACAGGUCAUCCCAGGACUACCCCAAAUCAGAAAUUUCUACCAUAUGGAACGAGACUGACGCGUGGAGAGAAAAAUCAUUCGAGUCUAACUCAAAUAAGAUUUUGGUCGACGGAAUGCUGCAGGACGAGAAGAAAUACAACGUCUACGACAGUUGGAGAUCUGAAUGGAACGGCUACUACUACCAGCCCUCCCACUCGAGCAGCAAAUUUCAGGGAUACGAGAGCAGUGCCUACUCCCGACAUCCCCCCGACUACGACACGAAUUUCUGACAGAACAAGACUAAAUUUAUU